GACGAACGCCAUGACGUCAAUUGUGACGUGAACCGUGACGUCUUACUGCUGUCAAUCAUUCCGUGUCGUCUGCUAACGGACGAACGCAACGGAACGGUUGCCGAGUCCGUCCGUUUCGAUAGAACGGAUUAGAACGGCUACCAGACGACUUGGAUUGGAUUAAAACGUAAGCGCUUGGGACAGUUAUCCUCUUCUGUAUCCGGUUCAAUCCAAAUCGGCAGUCCGAACAGUUGGAGAAAAUGGCGUUUCCUUUCUCUGCCGUGUGUUUUCGUGUCGCCUGUGCGGCUGCUGCAGUCGCGCAGAGACGACGACCCGAGGUAGAUGAUGCAUUUGAAGAGCUGACGGAGGAAGAGUUCCGGCAGUAUUUUCGUCUGUCCAAACGAACAGUGCGUACCUUGUGCGACGAGCUUGACCCCAUCAUUGGAUGCCAGCGAGCCAGUGGCCUUUCCACUGAAAGGAAGGUGUUGUGCGCGCUGCGAUUCUUCGGCACCGGAAGCUUCCAGAGGAGCGUUGGUCGCGAGGAGCAAAUUGGCGUGGCGCAGUCGACCGUGAGCAACACCAUCCACGAGGUGACGGAGGCCAUCAUUUCCGUGUCUGCCCGGAAAAAGUUGGUGGACUUCUCAUUGACACCGGCUGCCAAGGAUGAGGCAAAGGCGGCGUUUGCGCGACGCGGUGCCAUUCCAGGCGUGCUAGCGUGCGUCGACGGCACGCUGAUCGCCAUUAUGAAGCCAGAGGGACUCAGCCCGGCCGACACGGCGAGCUUCAUGUCGAGGAAGGGUUAUUACGCCCUAAACGUCAUGGUCGUGUGCAACGCAGAACUUCGCAUUCUUGUUGUUGAUCCCCGGUUCCCUGGUUCGUGCCACGACUCUUGGGUGUGGCAGCACAAUCCACUGCGCGCACGCCUAGCCGCACAACUGCAGCCUGGCGAGUAUCUGCUUGGAGACUCGGGAUAUCCCCUCGAGCCGUGGCUGCUUGUACCUGUACCUGGCAGUCAUGCCGGCACCACCUCCGAAGGCCGCUACAACCGGGAGCACGCAUCCAUGCGCAAUGUUGUGGAGAGAUGUAUCGGGGUGUUGAAGAGCAAGUUCCGCUGCUUGCAGCACUUUCGGACACUGCUAUACAGCCCCGAUAGAGCAGCGCGAAUCAUUUACGCAUGCGUUGCUCUCCAUAACAUUGCCUUGGACGCGGGCGACUGGUCAUUGGACGAUUAUGGUGGGGAAGUGCCACCAGCUGAGGAGCCGGAGGAGCCUAGAGACAGCCACGUGCUGGCACCGCACGACGUGUUCCUCAGAGGAAGGCAGCAGCGCAGCGCCGUUGUCAACCUCUUCUGAAGGACACUGGAACAGUGCCCAGCUAUGUCGCCUGCCAUAGAGCGCACCUGCACCAGGAUACCCUCCUGCGCCGCUGCCGUCCUCUCAGCCGCGACAGCCAUCCUUUCUGUCGUGACAGCCGUCCUCUCUGCCGCGACAGCGAUGCGGGUGGUUUGUUCUUCAAUCCUCUGCAGCGCCUGGAAUGAAUAAUCGUGGUGGAACUGUUUGCAUGAGUUGCUGAUUACUCGCAACCAGCUCAUGGCUGGAAGCUGCUGUUGUCAAGAAUUGCAACGUGCACAACAAUUCCCUCCCUGUUGAAGAGUCACUGGCCUGAUGGCAUCCUUUGGCAGUGUCAAGCUCGUGUACAAGCUAUGCCCUCUUCGUUUGGACAAAGACCUACUGGAACUACUCUUCUGUCAUCUACUCAAAUGCAUCUCUUACCACCAAACAGCCCUUUUCAGGGCUAACCAACCUUUUGCCCGGCGGUUGAUCGUUGGCAAGAUACGAUACCGAACCCUCAAUACAACGCAUAUUUCUUGUUUACAU